AUCGCCCCUUCAUUAUAUUGGCUUUCUGUUAUUCACGCCCUCCGUAUUCACCAGCUGUUCCAUCAUACCCAUAACUUUAUCCAUGUCUUCCCAAUCUUAUGACCAGUAUAGGACAUACAUUGAUCAUGACGCACCGAGAGUCCCCCGACGGACUCCCAUGGCAUGCCAAUUCUGUCGAGGCCGAAAGUUAAAAUGUGACGGAGGACGUCCAAGUUGCGGUAAUUGCAAUCGGCGAGGUUACCCAUGUGUCUAUGUACCGGUUUCAGAACAACAAAAAUAGUUGCUUUUUUCGAUCCCGCGCACUUGCCGUUAGCGUCAUCAUUUCUCAUCAAUAUACAUCGUCACCCCCCUUCUAUCAGCUUUUCGCCCUCUCUGAUAAGUAAUAUUAUUGCUCGCUUCUCGUUACGUACACGGUCUCAGUGCCCGACGGAAAAUUCUUCCCCGGGGACUCCGUACAUAUUCCCAUCUAAUAACCCUCGCGGGGCUUUUUGAACAGAGUUUGUGGUGACAAUGGCAUAGCUGUUAGGGGGAAAGCUCUGGCAGGAAAGAUGACUGGAUAAGUAGAUAGCCUUGUUCGUUUCGCGCAUUAAAAACCAACACGAG